AUGGAAAAGUUAAAGCAAUCCCCAGCAGAGCUUCUCAAAAUAGUCCAAAUCAAGCCAAUCGAGCAAGAGUGCUUAGACAGAGUUUUCGCCUAUCUCAUCGACAAAGACCCUAAGAAACCUGAGGAGCAUAAGAAGAAGAUUGGAGAGGGAGACUUGAUGAAAGUACUUACCUUCCUAGGUCAGAAGCCCUCAAAGUCUGAAGUCAAACUUAUCAUCUGGGAAGUUGAUGAUGAUCUUGACGGAUAUGUGAGCAAAGAGGAAUUCUAAACAAUGUACAAGAGAUGCAUCUCAGACGAUACAGGGCUUGAGCCAAGAAAGCUAUUUAAUCUUGUACAGUUCUUGAUGUACGAUAAGACAUUCAAGGGUCGUGUGACUGUCGAAGAGACUCUUCAAAUUCUCUAUGUCAGAUACGGAAGAGAACGCUUAGAUGAUGAGAUUAAGGCCAUUUUUGGUGAUGAUGAGAAGAAUGGUGAUGGAAGUGAGAAGGAGAUCACCUAUGGAGAGUACGUUGAAAAGAUAAAUAAAAGAGCUCUUGAAGAGUAGAAGAAAAUUAUCUAGGCUAGAAUGAGAGGAGAACUUAAGAAGCAAGACAAUGAGGACUAGUGA